GUCAGAGGUCUUUUGGCGUAAUGAGUUUGUUCUAUUAGUCCAUGAAAACAUUGGGCUUAUUUGUACAUAUAGUUCAUAGUUAAUGAGAGACUGGGUUGCAACUACAAGAUUGCGCGUGUUAGCUCCACCGGUGUUUGACUUUUAUUGGACGGAAGAUUAAAAAAAUUGCUGGCUAGCCAGGUCGCCGCCGAUUUGCUUCUAAACUGGUUUCCGUGUACAGGUCCGUUUUUCGGCCUAUUAUUAAUCACAGGAGUAGCGGUAAAGCAGCUACUUUUAUUUCAGCAUCUGCAUUUGUGAAGCAUCUACAUGGCAGUCAGAAGGGGACACAUCAGAUAUCUCAAAGUGUGUGAGGUACAGAGUUGUCAGGGUGACAACAGGGAGUCACAACGACAUGGAAGUAAGGGUUCAAUUAACAUAAAGCAAGUAGUUUACGAUAACGGUUACGACGAACAUAUGGCAGAUGAGCCCAAAGAUGCCAAAACCAACCUUAUCGUCAAUUACCUGCCCCAAAACAUGAGCCAGGAUGAGUUGCGGAGCCUCUUCAGCAGCAUCGGCGAGGUGGAGUCUGCCAAACUCAUCCGCGAUAAAGUGGCAGGUAAUCCCUAUCACCAAAACCAGAGCCACAGUUUAGGGUACGGAUUUGUUAACUAUGUUAACGCUAGUGAUGCAGAAAGGGCUAUCAAUACCCUCAAUGGGCUGAGACUACAGUCUAAAACUAUCAAGGUGUCCUUCGCCAGGCCGAGCUCUGACGGUAUUAAGGAUGCCAAUCUUUACAUUAGUGGGCUGCCCAAGACCAUGACACAGAAAGACGUGGAGGAUAUGUUCACACGCUAUGGCCACAUCAUCAACUCACGUGUCUUGGUUGAUCAGGCCUCAGGCCUGUCCAGGGGUGUGGCCUUUAUCCGCUUUGACAAACGGGCUGAGGCGGAGGACGCCAUCAAAGACCUGAACGGACAGAAACCCCCUGGGGCCUCGGAGCCCAUCACGGUGAAGUUUGCUGCCAACCCCAACCAGGCCAAGAACUCCCAGCUCAUCAACCAGCUCUACCACAACCAGGGUCGCCGCUUUGGAGGCCCAGUACACCACCAGGCCCAGAGAUUCAGAUUCUCUCCGAUGAGUGUAGACCACAUGAGCGGCAUGUCUACGGUCAGUGCUGAGGGGAACUCCACGGCCGGCUGGUGCAUCUUCAUCUACAACCUGGGCCAGGACGCUGACGAGGGCAUCCUGUGGCAGAUGUUCGGGCCCUUCGGAGCCGUCACCAAUGUCAAGGUCAUCCGUGACUUCAACACCAACAAGUGCAAAGGCUUCGGCUUUGUCACCAUGACCAACUAUGAGGAGGCGGCCAUGGCCAUCGCCAGCCUCAACGGUUACCGCCUUGGGGACAAGGUCCUGCAGGUUUCAUUCAAAACCAGCAAGGGGGGUCACAAGUAAACCGAAAAGGGUGAAGGGGUACUUGUUUUCCAUACUUACGAUGAUGGGAAGGGGGGGCGGGCAAGAUGAGAUUGGAAAGGCUACACAUUUUGUUCUUGCAAGGGGAUAUCUCCUUGGUUCUUGUAAUAUAAUGUCUAGGCUAACUAUCACUUAAAUCUUUCUUAGCUAGUAGAAAAGUAGUCUUCUGGCUUUGACAUAAAAAUAACCUACUUAAUUGUUUUUUUGCUGGGCACGGGGAGGGGUUCUGAAGUGUGCAGAAAGGUUGUUGUCCAAUUCUUGUGGGUUUUGUUUGUCUGUGUGCCACAUACAUGGUUGAGGGUGACAAUGCAAAAUCCUGCCAUGUCAAAUGCUCUAAUUCCUACAUGCUUGUAAUUUCUCAAUAUUUUACUUAGCCAUUUUAUCAUGAUCAGUAGUUCUGAUCAGUGCUAGGCCUUGAAUCCCUCAAGUCUUUCUACACUCUUAUUCGGUCAUUUUUAACAUACAAGUCCUUUUCUAAAUCUAAACAAAUCAGAGUAUUAGAUCAAGCAUGCCCAUCUAGACGUGGAAGUGGUAAUGUGCUGGCAGCGCUUUUUUUUUUUUUUUCUUUGGAUUCGAAAGGGUUUGAGAAAAGAUUGUUAUUUAAUGAGCGACCAAAGAGGGAGGACUGAAAAAAUAUAUAUUUUUCCAAAUCAUGCCCUCUGACACAUCUUAAUAUCUGAAAUGUGAUAGAAACCUCAAGGAAGGUGUAAAUGAUUCAGUUGAUCAGAAGAUACUCUUCUGUCAACUGUGAUGUCGAUAAAUACAGGGCUUUGUUUCUGAUAUAAUUGAAAUUGAGUAUGCAAGCUUUACCCAAUCCUGUGUUUUACUUUUCUUUAAUUGAAACUGCCUUUCAACUUUUUUUCCAUUCUUUUUUACUUUUUCCAUUUAACAUUUUUGUUGUGGAAAUUUUAGUUUGUUACAGUUAUGAAAAAAAAAGUGACUUUGCUUUUUAGUUUGGUUCAUUGAAUUUGAAAGUUACAUAAACAUGACUAAAUACCAUUCCAACUUGACUCCUGUAUGUUUCCAUAAUUUGCCUCUUCAUUUGAACUGGAAAGCCCUAUCUGGGCAUGUCCUGCUUGGUUCGGUUCAUUUGAACCUAAUCAAGGUACUGCAGGAGUUUGUGUAUGGGGUUUCUUAUAUACUAUUAUUCCCUCACAAGAGGCCAACCGAUGGGGUCCUGGAAGGGGAGCUCACGGCUUCCCAGUUAGAUGUGCAUUAUAUCCACUUCUGUGAUUUUGUGUACACAGUGAUUUUCCAUUUGACUCCAAAAAAAUGUGUAUAUACUGUACAUUGGUCUUUCGCCGAGGAAUAAAACAUAUUUUUGGUAACAGCUGAUAACAUCCCCAUUCUCAAAUAAAACACUUCUCCAUGUGAGAAGUUAAAGCUA